AUGAAUAUUAAUCAGACUAUCGAUGUUUUUGAAGAGAGAAUUGAUUUUUGUUCUGAAAUACUUCGAAAAUUAAAAGAAAAUGAAAUUCCAAUUGAUGGAGAAAACAGACUUAAAGAUACUUUAAAUUCUAUUCAGCAACAAAAUUCAAGUAUUCUUAUAGAAUUGAACUUGAUGAAGAGGAAGUUGAAGAUUGAUGACUUGGAAUUGGAUAGUAAUGUGUUUUAUUCAAUAAAUAAUGAUCCGAUCUUGAACACAAAAGGAAAGGAUUUUGUAUGCUUAGAUGAAGUAAAAUUAUCUAGAUAUGAAACGUUAGGUCAUACAGAUGUCCUGAAUACAAUAGAUACUGAUUCAAAUAGAAUUGAAACGAGGGAUAAAUUAGUGAAAAAACAAAAAGUAAAUUGUACAAAAGCAUUUGGUGACACUUUUGAGAUUCCAAUGAUUGAGAAUCCAAAGACUGUCCAUGAAUUGUACUACGAUUUUCAAAACUGCGUAAAGGAAACCGUUAGGGAAUUGAAAGAAAAGUAUGGUAAAAGCUAUUUUCGUAAAGCCACCAAUAUCAGAAGUUACCAAAGAAGGAGAGCGCUGGUAUCUGAAAUACAAAAACUAAGUGAAGAGUAUGACAUCGAUAUCGAAGAAGCUUUGCAAUGUUUUGAAGAACUGAGAAAAGAAAACUAUAAGACUGUUCCAUGGUUAUAUAGUAACCUUCUUACUGUCGUGCAUGAUGUUAGGGAAAGCUACGUACUGGAAAAAAACUGUAAUUGGAAUGAUAUAUAG